GACACACAAAACACAACCUUCAUAUAAUAGAGAGAAGAAUGAAAGAAAAAGGAAAAAUAAAUAGAAGAAAAUGGCUUCAGUGACAAUAAUGUCCACGCCAUUAAAUUUUGCAACCCAGAGGAGAAUUAGGGUAAACCAGCCAAGCUCUGAGGCCUUUUUCAGUCCAUUGCCAGUGAAGAAGAAUAAUAAGGGUGUGUUUGGGCAGUCAAAGCCCAGAAAAUGCAGGCUUAUUCAGGUUGAUGCCUCUUUGAAGGAGAAGGCUGUGACAGGCCUAACAGCAGCUGCAUUGACAGCUUCCAUGGUGAUUCCUCAGGUGGCCGAGGCUGCUGACUCUGGUUUGUCUCCCUCUCUCAAGAACUUCUUGCUCAGUAUUGCUGCCGGCGGUGUCGUGCUCGUAGUCAUUCUCGGAGUUGUUGUCGGUGUCUCCAACUUUGAUCCGGUCAAGCGAACUUGAGAGAGUUGUUGAUAUUGACAAUUCUGUGAACUUUCUUGUUCUGUCUCAACAAGUUCAUUUUGUUUUUUGUUUAUGUAUUUGAUGUUAUAUGCUACUCUGUCAUUAACCAUUUAUAUAUUAUAUUGAUUUGAAGAA